AAAAAAGAAGAAUUCGAUAGUUUACAUUUAGGUUAUGUAUAUUUAGAGGUUAAUAUUAUACAAACUUUUUAUUUAAAAUGUCUCUUAAGUAUAAUUUAACACGACUAGUAAAUAAGAGAUUAAUUUCUGUUGCCGAUAACUUGAGAUACCAGAUUAGACUGGGUAGCUACCAAUCCUCACCAUACCUAGAAGACUUGGGCGAAGUAAACACAAAAUAUGAAAUAUCGAAAGACCCCGAGGAAUGGAAGUAUGUCGAACGAGCGUUACCACCAACAAUUAUUCCGGAACCCAUCCAGAAAGAUAAGUAUCCCUCAGGAUGGAAGCCACAAGCCGAAAACUUGCUAGAUAGACCCUAUUUUAUACAAAGAACGAAAAACCACAUGCUUCCAGUUUACCUAGAUAUAACACAAAGGGGAUUAAGGAGACAUACAAUUAUCAGAAAAAUACAAGGUGAUAUCAAUUUGUUAGAGAAAGAGUUAUUGGAAUUUUUGCAGCCACAAUCAUUUCAGCCUAUCAGGAGUCAAGUACAUGAAUUCGCUGGGUUUAUUAGGAUGAAUGGUGACUUUGUAAAUGCUGUGAAAUACUUUUUAGAAAAAAGACAGUUUUGAAUAGUUUAUUUUAUAGAAUAUCUUGAAAAUUAGAGUUUUUAUUAAACUAUGUAUCUGGAUAGUGAUAACUAGCUUGCUAAAUAAGUGUUAAGCUAGAAGUCAUUAUUAAUUAUAUCUGUAUAUAUUAUCAUGUACAACAUCUUAAGUCAAAAAUGUAUCUCUGGUACCAAAAUAUAUAGGUAUUUUGAUGUA